AUGUCUCACCAAGAAACGAACUCGGUCUCAUCGGAUUUCUCCUAUUUAUUUUUUCGUAAUGGUGCCAGUUUUCGAAUCAAUUACGAUGACAAUGAUGACAGCAAUUCAAUAAAGCCAUCGACCGUACCGAAGUUAACUGAAUUAUGUUGCUCAGUCAUCGUGCGGAAUGAACGAUUGACUGAACAAGCAUGUGAAACCAUACCAAAAGAAUUAUUUGAUCCAUUAUUUCGAGCAGCUUUGCGUUAUACACAAGAUGACAGUUGUAUUAAUGUUCUGAUCUCUCGAUGGCCAUACCGAGUAUUUCGUUUGGAGGAUUUUGUUGAUGAAAAAUUAACUUCGCUGAAAAUGUUACUAUGUGAGAAAACAGCAUUACAACGAACAAAACAAGCAAUAAAAUAUUCCGUGAUUAUUAUCCCUCGAUUCAUUGAUUCUGUUCGACAACAGCAACAACAACAAGAGCAAAUCAAUGAGAAAAGACUCUCGAAUUUACGAAUACUCGAUGUCACGAAUUUUCCUGUCGUAGAAUUGAUUAUUCGAUACAUUUCGACACACUGUCGACUUGCAGAGAAAGAAUCUCGACGUAAUCAAUUGAUCGAUAUCUACAAUCAACAGCAUCAUCAAAUUCCACCUGACUCUUCAGCCAAUGCAAACGAGGAAUCUCAAUACACUAUUGAGACAAGACAUUCACAGAACACUUCGAAUCACAACAAUGACGAUCUGAUCAAAUCCAGUUCAUAUCCAGAAGAUAUCAUUAUUAUUCGAUUUGACUGUAUUAUUCAAGAUUAUCGCACUUAUGUCGAACUACUUUCUGCUCUUCGCUCAUCCACCCCGAAUAUCCAAUUACAGAUCUGUACAAUUGACAUGCGAUGCAUCGGUUUAGCACUUGUGAGCAGUUUCCUUGAUCAUGUUAACAACCGAUUUGUCCACACACUUCGUAUUCCGUACAACGUUUUGACACGGCAGAACCUCAAGUAUUUCCUUCCACGUUUGCCAAAACUGACCCAAUUACAUACAUUAGAUCUUUCAUGUAAUUUUAUCGAUUUUCGACUCAAUCAGGAUGAUUUAGAACAAUUUUGUACUGUUCUAUCUCAAUUGAAACAUUUGAAAAAUCUUUCGCUCAGCGGUUCGCCAAUCACCAAUCGUCUAGAGUUCAUUCUCAAUGCAAUCGAUCAUUCGCUAGAAGUCUUAAACCUGGAUUUCUGUUCAUUAUAUGAAAAUGAUUUGAUUAGUUUAAGUCAAAUGAGUACACGACAUCAAUUUCUGCAUCUGGAUCUAGGUACCAAUCGUUUAAAUCGUUUCAUGCGUCAACUAUUAAUUGUACUUAUCAAACAAAGUCGACUCGUCGUCUUAGAUCUUGAUUAUAAUCGCUUCUCUUCGAAUGAUUAUUUGGAAUUGAUUGCCUGUUGUCAACGUUUGAGUUCGUUGAAAAGUUUAAGUGUCCGUGGACCUAAUUCGCUGACAACUCAAUUGGCAGCAGCAACAUUUAUUGGUGAACAUUAUGGAUGUCUACGUUCGUGGAAGAUUGCUUCACCGAUUGAAUAUUCUCUCAAUCGUUUUGUUGGCAAUGAUGAACAAAAUUAUUUAAUUCAAACCAUAAUGCCAUAUGAGAUGUUUGUUAAUGAAAUGAAUAAACGAGCGAAAUGUCUCGUUUCCAUAUCAGAACUAAGUGUAUAG